CCCAGGUUGAGUUUGCGACACGUUGGUAGCUGUACGUACCGGUAUUCGUAAAAGGUGGCCCUCGCUCCCUGCUGGCCUUGGCAGUUAGCGACCAGUCCGCAUUAUGCUUUGCCACCUUUACCAACAUUCUUAAUAUGUUGACCCUAUCAUAUGAUAAACUGCUUGGGAAGAAUGGCGUUGAUGCAGCCUUGGAUGGCUGGCACGCGCUUGCGACAUGGGCUAUGUUGUUGAUGGCGCUUCCUGUCUUCGUCUCCCUAAUGGCCGGCAUAUCUGCACCGUAUGGGCGGUAUUCGAGAAGUGGCUGGGGAGUUAUGCUGAACGCGCGCCUCGCGUGGGUGGGCGGGCCUGUUACGCAGACGCAAGAAGCGCCGUCGCCGCUGGUGUUCAUGGGCUUGAUUCUUUGGUCGGGAAUUUCGAGCUUCACCCAGCACCCGUUGAGCGCACGUACGGUGCUGGCAUGCGCCUUCUGUGUGCAUUACAUCUACCGCCCCUUCGUCUUCCCCUUACUCAUCCGCGGCGGCAAGCCGACGCCGCUGAGCGUGUGGUUCAUGAGCUUCGUCUUCUGCAUCUGGAACGGAUUCCUGCAGGGUUGGUGCUUCAUCCACCACAUGAGCCCACGUGAGCCCGCUUGGUCGCCCCGCGUGGCAGCUGGGCUGGCGCUGUGGCUGUUCGGCUGGCUCAACGUGCUGCGCUCCGACCUUAUCCUCAUCAACCUGCGCAAGCCCGGUGACAAGGGCUACUACAUCCCGCGCGGCGGCAUGUUUGAGUUUGUCUCUGCCGGCAACUACGCUUCGGAGAUCUGCGAGUGGACGGGCUUUGCGCUGGCGGCCGGCACGCUACCAGCUGCCGCGUUCGCGCUGUUCACGUUCUGCAACCUGGCGCCACGCGGGCACCACCACCACCGCUGGUACAAGGAGAAGUUCAAGGGCGAGUAUCCCCCCAGCCGCCGGGCCAUCCUGCCCUUCAUCUGGUAGCGCUCAUCCCACCAUUUGUUUGCAUGCUAGGGUGACCUGUGGGGGAGGGGUGUCCGUGCUGUAAAGGAGGCCGCACCGGUGUUCUCUGCUAUCUGGCGAGUGGUCUGGGGCUCUGCACUUGAGUAUGCACGAGUUAAAGCACAGGGUUAAACCCGCACAGAUUACCGUGCGAGGUAGCUGCUGCCGUAGCAGUAUGUUGUCUUGGUUGCUGCUUGGCUGUCAUUCAAGCAUUGGGCACUGGUUGAGAUAUCCUACAAGUCACAGUUGCGGAGGGUGGACGUUGCAAGGGAAGCAGAGCACAUGAUUGCACGCUACUUCUGGCCACUCGCUGUGUCUACAAGGGACACACGGUAAC